AUGGCGGCUGUCGGUGACGGAUUUUGGUUCAACAUUAACCGGCUGAAAAAACAACUUUUAACUUCUACGAGAAUAGAACAAUUACGUGAACUUUACCCUGAUAAAAAGAACCACAAUGUAGUCAAAGUUAAAAAUUGCACAAGAGAGGAAGUUAUAAAAAAGCUAGAAGAAUUAACAGAGAAGAUAAUAUUCGAUAUUUCCCGAAAGGAAGCACCGUUUUUUCAAUCCAACAACAGACACACCUGGAAAAAUAUAACGUUUAGUGAAUCUGUUGGCCUGCAGAUGUUGGAUGAUGUUAGUGUUUCUAGAGUGAAGUUUGACUCACUCACAUCAAUAGUGAAAUUCGCUGCAACUCUUCAAGUUAUGUCAAUUUGUCAUAAUCUUCUACAAGAAAAUAAGUUUGCAACUAAGAGGGAUGUAUACUAUUCUGAUGUUAUGUUUUAUGGAAACCAAAGUGUAGUCGACGAAAUUGUAGAAAAUAUAUCUUGUAUGUUGAAAGUUCCUCGGCAUUGUUUGCAUGUGCUGGCAACUUCAAAAGGAUUGAUUGCUGGUGAUUUGAGAUACAGAGAGUAUGACGGCACUUAUACUGACUGCAGGAAUCAAAACUCUGGUGUUGUCGUUUCCUCUCAUGUCAAUGGAAUAACUGAUAUUUAUUCUGAUGCCAAAGUAGUCAUUGUGGUUGAAAAAGAAGCUUCAUUUCAGAGACUAAUGAAUGAUGGCUUGUUGGAAAAGUUGAAGCCCUGUAUAGUAAUCACGGGAAAAGGCUACCCUGAUGUAAACACUCGGCAAAUGCUACAUAUGUUAUGGACCACACUAAGCAUCCCUAUUUUGGGUCUAGUUGAUGCAGACCCACAUGGAAUUGAAAUCCUUUGUGUAUAUAAGUAUGGCUCAAAGGCUUUGAGUUUUGAUGCUUGCAACAUUACUGUUCCAGUAAUCCAAUGGUUAGGGGUGUUACCUAGUGAUAUUGAAAGACUGUCUAUUUCAGAACACGUAAGAAUUCCUCUAAGUUCUCGAGAUCGCCAAAAAUGUCAGUCACUAUUAGAAAGGCCUUUUAUGAAGUCCCAGCCCUCAUGGAAACAAGAGGUGGAGAUCAUGAUGACAAAAGGUUUUAAAGCAGAAAUGCAGGCUUUGUCAACAAUUUCUACCAGCUUCCUGACUGACACAUAUGUUACAGUUAAGAUACGCAAUGGUCGAUGGAUAUAAGUACCUGUCUAGUCUCUUUUAUGUCUUAUGAGUUAUGUGAAUAAGUGGAAUUGAUUUCUUUUGAUUGUAUAAUUUUUUAAAAGACU